GUCCGACAAUCUUGGACCGAUGCAGAGCGUUGGAGAUGCAGCCGCUCGCGAAGGUGCCCACUCCCAUGCGCCGGCGAGGGUCUUCGGACAAAUUCGAGGCUCCGGCUUCUGGCGAAGCGCCGCCGGAAGGUCUCGCGCAGGCCGAGCGAUUGGCUGCUGCGCUGGCGACUUUCGACGUGCAUGAUGCUGAGGUGCGCGGGCGCCUAGCAAAUUGGUUGCUGCGGCCACUGCCUGCAGAGCGCUGGGCAAGGCUGGCGCUGGACUUGGUCGGCGCAGGGCUCAACGACAAGGCUGCACCAAACGUCGCCAAGCAUGUCCGGGCGCGGGCGCGCUCCUCCGAGUUGCUGCAAAGCGUCGGCGCAGAGACCGGCGAGGCUUUGCAGCACGCCUUCCAGGAACAUGCUGAUGCUUUCUGA